AUGGUAGAAUUUCGGGGAUACCACACUAUUCCUGUUGAUCCUAGAGAUGUGUACUUCUACAGAAUCGAUGUAAAGACAGUGCUGAAGAGAAUAUUCGAAAGCGCAACCAUAAGCUAUAGCUCGGUGGGAGAAAUGCAAAACCCUGACGGAUAUUUUCUAACAAUCGAGAACAUUAUGCUUUAUUCUCUUGGGCUAUUGAUAGUUUUUAGGACUGUGCAGCUGAUCCGUAACAAAAACAUCAUAAAUCAAGAGCUAAAGGGGUUUAAAGGGGACUAUAACUCUCCGUUCGCGGCCACAAAACAGCAAAAGCAGGUAAAAACCUUGCUAAUUGAAACCCUUGCCAAAACGCCGACUGAGGACUGCACGUCCUUCAACAUAGAAGACGUGCUAAAAGGAAUAAUGCACAAUUACACAAACGAAAGCACAGAGAUCAGCAAGGAUUGGUACAUGGAUAAAAAGCUAGAAGAGCUGUCAAACACAAAAAUAGGGUCUGCUGUAUACGCCGCCCUGAUCUGCCUAUUUGCUUUUCGAGGCAUAGGGGUGUGCCUGUCCUUAUACAACGCAAUCAAAAUAUCAAACACAUUUUUGAUGGUGUUUAUUCUUUUUAUGCAAAUAAUAGUGCAUGGCUUCUUUAUGUUUUCUCUGCUGAUACUGAUUUUCGAUGAUAAUGGAACGCUCUUCUCAACCUUUUUUAUCAUGGCAUGCAACGCGAUAACGUACAGCAUCACUGUGGUAAUUAACGGGCUGCAGACGGGGAUCAUUUCAUUGUUCUUUAGCUGCAUCAAGUCGAUGGUGGUCAAAAACAUCCUGGUUUCGCUUGCAGCUAUGGGGCUGCACACAAUCAUCACGAGGUUUGUCUACAUGCUGACCAGCAUCCAUGCCGACGCACUGUAUUUAAAAUGCGACAUGAACCAGCUCAGAAUAGCAAUGGCGCAGUCUACAAGUGACAAUAUGAAAGCAGUGAACCAGAUCGUACAGAAGCUCUUCGAGUCCUACAAGAAAGAAGCCGACGUGAAGGUUUUUGACAACUACUGGGUGCCAGACAUGCUAGCACUCCACGCAUGUUCAAGCGCGUUUAAAAACUUUUUCGUCCUUCUGAUAAUCACCUCGCUUGCCAGCAUAAUAACAUUUGAGCUAGAUAUUGCAGCUAUAUACUACAUCCAAAUAUACUGUGCUGACAUCCCCAGGUUUAAAGGAAUCUGCAAGAAAAUCACGUUUAACAAAAUAGUUUUAAUCAAGCUUUUGUUAUCGCUUAGUGUUUGGUGUUUAUGCAGAUACACAUUCAGCCAAAACAAAAUUUAA